CUCACCAACAAAUUAAAUUUCAUACUAAAUUCAGAACUUCAAAGUCGUAUAGAUUUUGUUAAACGCCGUUGCGAUUUUAAAAUAAAUGAACUAAAAAUACAAACUAGUUCGAAAUGUUUUAGUAACGUUUCAAAUAGAUUAAUCAGAAAUUUAUAUUUUUUUGCAAAAUUAAAAUUACGAAUUGUUCACUUUGAAUAUACAUAAACUCAAAUACUUCUUUCCCGCUUAAAAGAUAGAUUUCAAAAUCGAUAUGUGUAUUAAAAAAACGCUUAAUUGUCAACAGUUGUCUGCAGUUGUAUUAAAAACAACGUAAACUUAUAUUUCAAAUUAAUUUUUUUAAUAUAAAAAUGGAAAAUGUCUUUUAGUCAAUCUUUGGUAAUACAACAGCAUGAUUACGAAAUAUUUGGCCCCAGUUGGCAGGCCGGAGUUUCAAGCUCUCAAAGCUUGGCAAAAUCUUUACGAAGUUAUGAUGUAGAAAGUGUUAAUAUUGGAAAAACUUGUGAAAAACUGUGUUCGGUCCUAAGCGCGAAAAGAGAUUCGAAGCAGGAGCUGUCCCAAGAUGUAGAAGAUGAUGAUAAUCUUUGUGCUGUUAAAAAUACUGAUACUAUACCCUUUCGUGCUUUCACAAAUAUAUGGUAUGGUACCUUGAAAAUUUAUCAACAACAGGUCAACACACUGUUCCGUUUAUCUCAAGAUUUACUUUCUCGUAGCUGUAAUUAUGAUGUCAAACAUUUAGAAGCCACUAAAAGAAAGUCAAGCUUGAAGUCUCAAAAAUGUAUUAAAAAGCGUCGCUUAACAUUAAGGGAAUCCACUGAUAAGUCAUUUAUUUCUACAAACUAUUCUGAGCUCUUAGAAGAUUUGGAAAGAUUAACCCAAGAACCCAUACAAAAAGCAUUGGAACAGUCUUCUCAAACUGUUUCACGUUCAACAACGCAAUUGCAAAUUCGUGAGAUAACUAUACGGGAAAUUAGUGCUACAACAACUCACUCCAUAGAUGAGGCAUUAGAUGAAGAUAGUGGCUUUGGUGAAGCUACUCACGAUGAAAUUGCAGAAUUUCUUAAUUUGUUUAACGAUAAUUCUAUUCUUAAUGUUAAGAAAACGCCAACAAAACGUAAGUCAACUUGUGAACAUGAAAUACCUAUCAAACAGGAUCGUUAUAGUAAUGAUUCUACAAUAGAACUGCCUAAGGAGAAUAUUAUUAUAACUAAAAACCCAGUAAAAACAUCUCCUUUAAAAAGAUCAUUCACACCAAUAGAAUUUGCUGAGACAUUUAAAAAACAUAAAUAUUUGGAAGAUAACGAUACUCCUGAAAAUGUUCCACAAAAUAUUUUUGUUCAAAACAAUGAAUUUAUCGACCCUGAUGGAAUUAAAAUAUCAACCGAAGUAAUUGUUAAAAACAAACAAAUUGCCAAACGCUGCGGAGUGAAAAGCAAGAAAAUGCGCUUAAUCAUUGAUGAAUGUACUAAAAUUGAUACCUCGGAAUUUAUAGAGGAAAUGAAAAGUAAGAACACAUUUUCAGCAAAAUUAGCUAGAAAGAAAAUCUUUAAAUCAUAUAAAACUAAAAAAAUUAGAACAGCUUUGGAACUAUUAACUAGAUUUAAUAGAAGAUCUCUAAAGUUAUGUUUAACCUUAAAACAAAAGAUUAAUCUAUCACGUGAACAAUUUGAAAGAGAAUAUUUAAAUUUACUGCGUGAAAUUUUUACUACGAACUUUAACGAAAAAUGGGCUUCAGAAAUAUAUCCUAAAUGGUUAUAUUUCAAAGAUGCACCAGAAAAAUCAAAUAAAUCUACUCCUUUAAAAAAAUUACAAAUUAAAAGGAAUUCUGUCCAACAGCCAGUAGCUGAUUUAAAUAAUCCUAAUGAACAUUUAAAUGCAGAUGCAGUAAUAGAUGACAACAAUAAUGAUGUUUACAACAUAAAUCAAGAAAUACAAAAGCUAGAAAAUAAUUUUAACAAGGAACCGGCUUGCGCCAACCAACAUAUGUGGCACCCUUAUGGUGUUAUGUUGAAUUUAUUAAACAUGUGGCGUUUUAAUCAAACUAAUGAAAUUGCCGCUAAAACUCUUUUUAAAUUAGCUGAAAAUCGUUUUGAUACAGCUUUGGGUUUUUACUCACUCUUAGAUUUAUCCAAGAACCAGUUCGUCUAUCUAACAAGAUUUCCUGAAACUAUUGCAUUGAGAAGUAUUUUAAUGGGUAAAUCUAUAAAAAAAUAAUAUUACUUAAAAUUAUGGUAGAUUUUUUAGUCCUUAAAAUUGUUAAGUUUUUGUUUUCUUUAUAGUUUAAGAUAUUGUUAAAUUCACAUUUAAAUGUAAAAUAUAGUUUUAUAUCUGAAUUACA